UGAGUUCCUCGCUGUCAUAAAUAUUAUUGCUUAUUUAUUUAUUUCCCCAUUUCUCGAUUUAAACAAAGGCCCGCUUUUUUAUAUAAAUGCCCCUCUCGCUUCUUUAAUGCCUCUAUCUAGAGCCGACUGGAGAGGAGUGUGAUGGAGUGUUGCGGCUGCAACAGAAAAGGGCAGAUUUGAAGAGGAGAUUGAAGAAGAAGAAGAAGUAGAGUGAGCAUUUUCAGAGUGAGUAAUCAGUGGCAAUGGAGAUAGAAAACUACACACAUCGAGUUCUGCAAAGAAUUCAUAAAAUAGAACCAGAAACUGCAACAAAAAUUGUCGGCUAUCUUUUAUUGCAGCGCAGUAGUGAAGAAAUAAUGGAAUACGCCAUGGGAGAUGAAGAACAGAUACAUUCCCUUAUUGCUGAGGCAAAGUCUUAUCUCAUCUCAUCACUCAAACUCAACUCCUCUGAACAUCGGCAUCCAUUUAUCUCCCAUUACCUUACUGUUCACCGACCAUGCCCAUCUCCUUCAAGCUUUGGCGUGCCAGCCCCUCUUCAUCUACCAUCAAAUCACCAACCCUUUAUUCAGAAAAUGGACCAUUUUUCUCAUAACAAUGAAGUUUGGGGGAUGGAAGACCAGUUGCAGCCCUCCAGCCCAAUAAGUUUUGAUCUACAAGGCAAUUUCUAUCAUUCCGAUGCUGGUUUCGGCGCAAGAAACCGGCCACAGUUGAGCUGCCAUUACUUCUACCAAGGUUACUGUAAACAUGGACAAAGCUGCAAGUUUUCCCAUGGUGCCAAUCCAGAUAUGUUCAAUCAAAUGUCUGGAUUUGGCUUGAAUGAGUUAACCAUAGAAGACAAUAUCUUCUCUCCGGGCUGUCUUGAGAAGCUUGAGAUGGAGAUUGCCGGAAUAUUGAAAGAGAGGAGGGGUUUACCGGUUACUAUAGCCUCAUUGCCUUUGUUGUAUCAAGAGAUGUAUGGGAAAGCUCUUCAGGCUGAGGGUUAUCUCACUGAAAGCCAAAGGCAUGGAAAAGCUGGUUUUAGCUUGACAAAGUUGCUUGCACAAUUGAGGAACAUUAGGCUUAUGGAUAGGCCUCAUGGGCAGCAUUUUGUGGUACUGGCUGAGGAUGCUCCGAAAUACAUGGAAUUUAUUAGUGAAAGAAAUGACCAUGGAGCUUCUAGUUCUCAUCAGAUUUAUCUAACUUUCCCUGCUGAAAGUAGUUUUACUGAUGCUGAUGUUCAGAAUUAUUUCAAUCAAUUUGGUCCUGUUCAUGAUGUGAGGAUUCCGCGGCAGGAGAAAAGGAUGUUUGGUUUUGUGAGCUUCUACCGUCCUCAGACCGUGAGGCAAAUUUUAGCAAUGGGUCAUCCCCAUAUUAUUUGUGGUGCUCGUGUUCUUGUCAAGCCCUACAAGGAAAAAUCAAGAUUGGUUGAGAGGAAAUAUGCAGAGAAGUUGGAUUCUCAGAUGUGUCUCUCUCCUCUUUCUUUUGACAUGGACAAUGGUCUAAGCUCUACCCUUCAUUCAUCUUUAGGACAAAGAGCAUGUGAUACUUCUCAGUUAUCUAUGAAGCAGCAGAUUGAAGACUUAGAUCCAACCUUUGAUCUGAAGAGAAGACAAAUGCCUGUUGCUGCACAUCCUUUCAUGGGGUAUGGGUUGGAGGACUCCAAGUUUCUAGAAGCAGCGCAGGUCAGCUCAUUGAACAUUGCAUCAUCUAAAAGUUCAGAUGAUGAUAAUACUUGUCAGACAGGCAGCAGUUGCAGUGAUGUGGAUAGACUCCAGAUUCAGUUGCCAGACAGCCCUUUUGCGUCUCCUAGAUUCGGAUCGAACAGUCUUUACACAGUAAUAUAGAGAAGAAAGUGGACAGUAGGGUAGCUUAUAGAGGUACAGUUUCUUUGAGAGUUCUAUAGCCCGCAAUUAUAAUAUCAGAAAGUUCAUAAUCUUUACAGGUUUUUCAUGGAAGCCAACAAAGUUUUACACAAAUGUUAUUUGAAUAGAACAAACUUUAUACUUGCUUUACAUUAUUAUCACAGUGAAACUCUCAUUUUGUUUUGAGAACCUGAUAGUUGUAUUAACUUUAGUUACAAAGGUGCUAUUGGACAUUUAGUGGUUGCUAGGAAUUACUUGGCUGCUUUGAAAGUUUUCAAAGUAAUAGAUGCAAGACAUGUUUCCUCUCUCUCUCUCUCUCUCUCUCUCACUAUCUUUUAUAU